UUGUUUCCGAAGUUAAUAAUUAUAAGCGUUUGUAUGAAGAGUUGGAUUCAUUAGGUUCGGGAGCUUUUGGGGAAAGAUCUGAUGGACAAGAAUAUGCGGUUAAGAAACUAAGAUAUCAAGUCUGCAGAAUAUUCUUCAACACAAACCACAAGUAUUUGGUCGACAACCGGAAAAACCCAU